UUGAAUCAAAUCAUUCAUGAUUACUUUAAAUUCAAUGGUGCGCGAACCGUGAAUCUUAUCAAAUGUUCAGAGAAAGGAAAUGCAACAUCUCAACUAGACCUGAUACUACUCACCUCAUAUUUUAUGGAGCAAAAUGUCCCCGUACGCUUUUGGUCUGGCUUUGAUUAUCUAAAGGAAUCUCCCAUGGCUUCUUUAUACGGUCCAUCAAAUACAUUUCAUAGGAAUGAUAGCAUUGGGAGGCGACCUUUAAACCUUCGAUUUGAGACUUUGGCUCAUAAGACAGCAGUGGUUUUGGAAAGUUUUGGUAGCUCUUGUGGCUUGAAUGUUUUAAGUUGGAGUGCUGCGUCAGAGCACAACUACUUUACCACCAAUCGUUUCUGGUUAUUGGUAACAGAUAAUUUUAAUGACUUUGAAGAGCUUGAAGAAGAUGACAUUUUUCUGCCACCGGAUAGUGAAGUCAAAGUUUUGGUGCGAGUUAAGGAAACCAAAAGUUAUUCAAUGUUUGAUUGCUAUAAAGUGGGUGCUGAGAAAGAUUUGUUAAUAAAUCGGGUAACAAUAGAUUUUAAAAAUUCGACGCAACUGUUAAAAGCUCUGCAGAGAUAUGGCUCCUCCAUAUCAUAUCGUGAGAAUUUGGAGGGUAUAACUUUUAAUACCGGUCUGGUAAUUGCCUUUCCCGAUAUGUUUACUGACAUUGAGGAUCUUUCUACGCGACACAUUGACACCAUUUCGAAAGUAAACAAUCGUCUGACAUUGGAAUUGGCCAAUAAGCUAAAUAUGAGCUUCAAUACCCAUCAAACCGAUAAUUAUGGUUGGCGCCAGCCAAAUGGCUCCUUCGAUGGCCUAAUGGGCAGCUUUCAGCGUUAUGAAUUAGAUUUUGGCCAAAUGGCCAUAUUUAUGCGCUUGGAUCGCAUAGCCCUUUGCGAUUUUAUCGCUGAGACAUUUCGUAUAAGGGCAGGGGUAAUGUUUAGACAGCCACCUCUAUCAGCUGUGGCGAAUAUCUUUUCCAUGCCCUUUGAAAAUGAUGUUUGGAUUUCCAUUUUCUUCUUGAUAUUGUUCACCAUAUUCGUAUUUGCCCUGGAACUGUGGUUCUCUCCCUAUACCCAUGAGAUGGAUUUUUGGGAUGGAGUUGUUUUUGUGUGGGGUGCCAUGUGCCAGCAGGGAUUUUAUCUAUCCUUUGGUAAUCGUUCGGGUCGUAUUAUAAUUUUUACCACUUUUGUGGCUACUUUAUUUUUGUUCACCUCGUUUUCGGCCAAUAUUGUGGCCCUGCUGCAAAGUCCCUCUGAGGCUAUACAUACUUUGCAUGAUUUGAGUCAAUCUCCCAUGGAAAUUGGGGUGCAGGACACGGUUUACAAUAAAAUUUACUUUAAUGAAACUACGGAUCCUGUUACCAGCCAGUUGUAUCACAAGAAAAUCUCUCCCAAAGGUGAUAGCGUUUAUAUGCGUCCUUCUAUAGGCAUGGAGAAAAUACGCACCGGCAUGUUUGCCUAUCAAGUGGAGCUACAGGCCGGCUAUCAAAUCAUCAGUGAUACCUAUAGUGAACCCGAAAAGUGCGGUCUUAAGGAAUUGGAGCCAUUUCAACUACCCAUGAUUGGCAUACCUACACGCAAAAAUUUCCCCUACAAGGAAUUAUUUCGUCGACAGCUACGUUGGCAACGUGAAGUUGGCCUUAUGAAUCGUGAAGAGCGUAAAUGGUUUCCGCAAAAACCAAAAUGUGAAGGUGGUGUCGGUGGUUUCGUCUCAAUUGGCCUAACAGAGUGUCGUUAUGCCUUAGCCAUGUUUGGCUAUGGUGUAUUUCUCGCUGUCACGGUUUUCUGCUGUGAACUAAUUGCAAAGUUUUCGUUCAAACUAUUAGGGAUGUGGAAAAUUCAUUUUGCUAUGAUUGCAAAGGUAAAUCAGAGCUAUAUGCAAAACAUCCUGCUUGAAAACAUGAUAGUGGCUAUGGUGUUUUUGGUGUCACUAAUCGGUAUUAGUACCAAUGCCCCAUAUGUUGGUGGUAGACGGCCAAAUGGUGAUCAGCUUCAGUGGAAUAAAAUUAUUCAUGAAUACUUUAAAUUUAAUGGAGUUCGCACGGUGAAUCUAGUCAAAUGCUCAACCAAUAGAGGAAAGGGUAGGAAUGCAAUGCAUUUUAAGCAGCAGAUGUUGUUCACUUCACUGCACGCCUUUACAGUAACUUCUCCCCUUAACUUGCUUGGACUUACCUCUUAUUUCAUGGAUAAAUACGUUCCUGUACGUGUAUGGUCUGGCUUUGAUUAUUCGAAUGAAUCCCCACCGGAACCCUUGUAUGGUCCCAAGAAUACAUUUAAUCGCAAUGAUAGCAUAGGAAGGAGACCUCUAAAUCUCAGAUUUGAAACUUUGAAUCAUAAGACAGGCAUCGUAUUGGAACUAUUUAGUGGCUCCUGUGGCUUAAAUGUUUUAAGUUGGUGUGCUGCCUCAGAAAAUAAUUAUUUUACGACCAACCGAUUUUGGUUAUUGGUAACAGAGGAGUUCAGCGAUUUACAAACCCUAGAAGACAAGGAUAUUUUUCUGCCACCCGAUAGCGAAGUGAAGGUUUUGAUGCAAACAAAGGAUCACAAAAUCUUUUCACUUUACGAUGUCUAUAAGAUAGCAGCUUAUAAAGAAUUGAUUGUAAGCCGGGUUGUAGGAAACUUUCAAAAUUCUGCCCAACUCAUAAAAGGCUUGCAGAAAUAUGGCUCUUCCAUAUCAUAUCGCGAGAAUUUGGAGGGUAUAACUUUCAACACAGGUCUGGUAAUUGCCUUUCCCGAUUUGUUCACCAACAUUGAAGAUCUCUCUAUGAGACAUGUGGACACCAUUUCGAAAGUAAACUAUCGCAUCACUUGGGAGUUGGCCAAUAAACUCAAUAUCAGUUUCAAUACCUAUCAAAUGGAUAAUUUCGGCUGGCGCCAGCCUAAUGGCUCCUUUGAUGGUUUAAUGGGUAGCUUGCAACGUUAUGAGUUAGAUUUUGGCCAAGUGGGCAUAUUUAUGCGUCUGGAUCGCCUGGCACUUUGUGAUGUUAUGGCUGAGACAUUUCGUAUACACGCAGGGGUUAUGUUUAGACAGCCUCCUUUAUCGGCAGUGGAGAAUAUUUUCGCCUUGCCCUUUGAGAAUGAUGUGUGGAUCUCGAUUUUAUUUUUAAUUUUAGUCACCACAUUUGUGUUUGCACUGGAGCUUUACUGCUCUCCCCAUCGUCAUGAAAUGCACUUUUGGGAUGGAGUCGUCUUUGUCUGGGGAGCCAUGUGUCAGCAAGGAUUUUAUUUUUCAAUUGGAAAUCGUUCGGGUCGCAUAAUAGUUUUUACCACUUUUGUGGCUACUUUAUUUUUGUUCACCUCGUUUUCGGCCAACAUUGUGGCCUUACUGCAAAGUCCUUCUGAGGCUAUAAGCACUUUGCAUGAUCUGAGCCAGUCCCCUUUGGAGAUUGGGGUGCAGGAUACGGUUUACAAUAAAAUUUAUUUCAAUGAAACCACUGAUCCUGUUACCAUACAAUUGUAUCACAAGAAAAUCUCCCCCAAAGGCGCUAAUGCUUAUAUUCGCCCUUCUAUAGGCAUGGAGAAAAUACGCACUGGCCUAUUUGCCUAUCAAGUGGAGUUGCAGACAGGCUAUCAAAUCAUCAGUGACACGUUUAGUGAACCGGAGAAGUGUGGCCUCAAAGAACUGGAACCAUUUCAACUACCCAUUGCUGGCAUACCCACACGUAAAAAUUUCCCCUACAAGGAGCUAUUUCGUCGACAAUUACGUUGGCAGCGUGAAGUUGGUCUUAUGAAUCGUGAAGAACUCAAAUGGUUCCCCCAAAAACCCAAAUGUGAAGGUGGUGUUGGUGGUUUCAGUUCUAUUGGCCUAACAGAAUGUCGCUACACCUUAGCCAUAUUUGGCUAUGGAGUAUUGCUUGCUGCAUUGGUGUUUUGCUGUGAAUUGAUGAUAAAGAAUUCGUUGAAAUUGAUAAGACUUAUGAAAACUUACUAUAUGGCACAUUGAUAUUGAAAUUUUAUUCAAUUCCUUACGUAAUUCAGUUGAGUAGAAAUUACAGACAACUAGCUGACCCGGGCCCGCUCCGCUGCGCCUUCUUUUACUUUAUAUGGAACAACAUUUUCUUUGGAAUAUUUAUU